AUGGAUAGUUUCAACCACGAUAGGUGUACCGGCAGUUUGUUGCCCGACAAGAGAGUUCAAUGGGCGGUCAACUUAGAAGAAGUUCGCUAUUUUGUGCCUCCAAAUCGCCUGCGAAAGGGUUUUAAGAAGAAAAUGACCAAGAUUAGAAGAAAGGCAAGCGAAAUUACAGACAAACCGCUGCGUAUCAUAACAAGUAUGGGAGAACUGAGUGCGAACGCGGUUCAAAAUGGACUUGAAUUCAUUCUCAGACAUGGACAAAGUGGUUCAUUUGACGCAGAACGUGUCACUUACGAAGAUCUGAUCAAAGAGUGGGACAAACUGUUCGAAACAUCAGGCGCUAGUAACGACGACGAAUCAACGGAUGAUGAGGACGACGAAAAAAUUAAGUAGGACACAGACUUAUGAACAGACCAUCUAGACUCUGGUUUAUUCAGUUUUUUGAAACUUUUCUCCCCUGUCGUCAACCUUUUUACGGCGAAGGAGGCUCCCAAAACGCAUUCGAUAGCGGAACAAGUGAAUUAGCGAUCAGUCAAAAAGAAGCUUGAUGAACAGAGUGUCUGGGAAAGAAUACAAUAAAAUCAACGAGUAAAUCGUAAAUCUCAUACGAAAAAUUACGUGAGGUCAACAAGGGAUCAUGCAAAUUUUCGCAGCAAGGAGCUUUUCUAAUAUAUAACAAAAAGAUUUUUUCGGUGAACAUUUUUAUAACAGAAAAUUACCAUGUCAGCCAUUAACCUACUCGAAAAACGCAAGCAUUUGUAUUUAAAUACCCGUCCAGUAACAAAAACAAUAUUUUAAUAUUAAGGAAAAAUGUUUCAUACGGUAAACGAGUUCGUAUUUUUUUACAACGUUAUUUCUGAUCAAUGUGAAUGAUUAUGUUAAUUCCUAAUAGGGGAAGCAAGUAAUACAGCAAGCGUAAUAAUCGAAAAUGAGAUCGCUUAUGUGUUCUUUCAGUGUUAAAUAAAUAGUAUGUUUCAAGCAUAAUGUGUUAUAUUAAUUUAACUUACAACAAGAUCGAUUUCACUCUCAGAUCAGAAAAUAUUAAACUCUCUCCUAAAAUAUCAUGUCGCGUUGUUAUGUUAUUUUCCCUGAGGACACUGGAUUUAGGGGUGCCACCAGAAUUAAAUUUAGCUUAGCAUCCGGGAAGUAACCACAAGAAGAUUUUCAUCGAGCAGCUGAAAUAAACCGCAGUCCAUAAGAGACAUCUAAUGUCCUCUCCCUUAUCGACUGUCCUACAGUUACACGAUAUAUUACUGACCUGUAUGUCUUGCAUGGAUAGGACUGCUUUUGGACGGUUCAACGUUUUGUAUCUCAAACGGAAUAAUUACAUUGGAAAAAAUAGCUGAAAAAAAAAUAGUUUUAACCCUCAUUGAGUAUGUAUAAAGGGUAAUUCGUCAAAUAAUUGAAAAAGGUUUUAACUCUCUCAUUCGUCGCCUAUUUAGCUGAUAGAUCCACUAAAUAAUUUAAUUUUAAUACUCGUCUUGUGUUGAAAAAAAUUGAAAAAACGCUCAACGGACUCUGUUGAAUCAGUUGAAAGUCAAAGUUUUUAAAAAGUACUCGCCGAAGAGGAGUAAUUGGAGGCGACUGAUAAACUGCCAUCUUUUUCAAGAAAAAUGAAAUUCUAACUAAAAUGCACAUUAAGAACACUGGAGGAAACCAAGAACAUAGGCUGAGUGUUUUUCUUACCAUUUUAACAAAGAAACAGUACCUUCGAUAAAAAAAGGUUCCCUCUCCUCAAAGACUCAUCCAUCGAUCUAUCGUCGAGAAUCAAAUAAAUUCGUUUUCGUUUUUUGGUAACAGUGUCAAGAACAGUAACAUUUUAUUGCAGCAUAAAGAUCUUAAAGGGCGAGAGACAGUAAAUGGAGGCUAAUUACUGGAUCUAUUGGAGUUGAAUAACAAAUUAAAAGCUUUUUGCACGCGCAUGUAUUUCAAAGUUAAUCAAUACUGACUGAGCUCUUGUAGGUCCAACAGAUCAAUCUAAAUAAUCGAAGGAGUAAAAAAAAUAUAUAUAACUGAUAACAAAAAGAGAAAGGGAAAUAGAUGCGGUAAAACGACCAUUAUUAGCUGGUGUCACAGACUAAUCCAUAGCAUGCUUUCGCUCUAUCAGAGUGAAUUUGUGUGACUAAAACUGCCUCAGAAUCGAGAUGACCUGGGGAAAGGAAAAAAAAUUACAAAAGAAAAAAGGUGAGCUUCACAAUAGAUGACAACAAGAAGAACAUAGGCUUCAUCAGAUAAUCUGGACUGAUUAUUAAUUCUGCAGCUGCUUUAUUGAAGAAGGUUUUCACAAAAGACAGCUCAAUUUCACUAAAGUGAAAUAGUUUAGACUGUCCACCAAUGGAAUAUCCCAAAAGUUUGUGACAACUCUUAGAGACAAAUAAGGAUCAAACACAUUGCAACUGGCGGACUUUGUGGUCUUCGCGUAGGUGCCAACAGAACAGAUAGCGUGGCUUUCAAAUUCUGAAAACUUCCUCUUUUUUUUCUUUUCCCGAUGAAGAAACUUGUGUUAAUUGAAAGAACUACCCCCGCAAAUCAUUUGGAUCUUUCCAAGGCCGAGAAUAACCGAGUGUUCACGAACUUUGUUUGUGGUAAUGUCGAGGAAGCUCGUAAAACACGAGGGCCAACCAUUAUGCUUGUCGUAUUUUGGCGGGGUGAUUAACGAUAACUGCUUGAGCUUUAUAUCUCCUGCUUAAAUUUGAGUGGGACGAAUUUACUCCGUUGCUUCCGCUAUUUCAUAACUCAUAGAAGCAGAUCAAAAUCAGGGAAAAAUUGCUGGCGUCAUGACAGGAGAAACGCGAGUUGAUAAUCCCCCAGGUGCUCUUUUGUUGUUACAACUGUACACGUAGACGCAAGAAGAAUACAUCAUACAAAGAAAAAUUACUGUAACCGAAAGGAUGAAAUGGUAAAACCAAAAACAAUUUUCUCAUUACGAAAGGGAAGUUUUCCUUUUUUCUAUAAAUAUUUCCUAACAAUGUUUGAAAAAAUAUUUAGCCUCGGCUUGCAAGGGACAAACUAAAUCUUGGGUUUUCUCUCUGUUUCGCAGUACCUUAUUGUUUCAUCUGUUGACACGUCUCUUAGCGCAGUUUAAAUUUAAAAUGAAAUUAUCAUAUAGUGCUUCUGACAAUACGUUUUAAGCCUUUUUUUUUCUUUUUAAAUAUAACACUGUUCUGUUAUAAUAGUUUUUCUCUACGAGAGAGAGGACAGAUAAGAAAUCUAACAUACUUGAUAUUUGAGAUUCACAAAGUUUAGCCGAUUUACUUUUAUCACUAUCGAGGUGGAAAUGAUCAUUUGCGACGCUCCGGCGAAGUCAUGAAAACUGCGCGGGCGGAAAUGACAUUUUAAGCUUCCCAGGGUGCAUAGCAAGAUAAGUAACAAGUAUUGAGUGUUCAGCUGCAAAAGCUGUCACUGAUAGCGAGGGGGCCGAAGUCUUUCCUUAGAAUCCUUGACAUAAUAAUAAGCUGCUUUUUACCGCAUUCAAACAACUCUCCUUCCCUUUAUCAAGAUUAUUAAUAUGCUACAAUCAUGACACAAAUAAAUUAUUAAUUAGUGUGUGCCCUUUUCAUAAACACGUAACACGACCUGCGGUUGUUACAAAAAGGAUUCAACCUGCACAUACAUAUCUUAGUUUCAACAUCCAUGCACCAGUAACUCUAAUUCUGUCGUUGAAAGUUUCGCCUGCUGGCCGGGCAGUUUCCUCGUUUUCAAGAUUAACUCACACGGCAGUAAUCAAACUGGUUGUCAACAUUUAAUUUCAUACAGAAUAAUGUCUUUAUACAGAUCAAUGAGUUGUGAAUUUACAAGCUUUUGCCAUGGUGCUGAGUAUAGGCAAGAGAGGCUGAGACAAAGAAGAAGCAAAUCAGCACGGAAGAAAAGCGUUCAAUGGUCCAAUGAUCUUGAGGAGGUCCGCUAUUUUGUGCCGCACAGAAGCAGAAGCGAGAGUAUCAGGAGGAAAUUCAAUAAAGUGAAAAAAAGAGCGGAAAAUCUCCGAGCUUUCACACUUAUCAGCGACUCCAGAGUAAAACAACUACGACGAAAUACGGACUGCUUCGCACAUAAUUCUGGUUUUCAAAGCUUCGAGGAGUAUAAUAAACAAUGGGAUUUAUUGUUUGACAUGUACACAAGUAGAGAAACUCACUAG